AGCAUGUGACAGAAACCUACUGAACUAUUAAUUAUUUUCCACCAAAACUGAAAUAAUAUAAUGCUCAUAUAAAGAGACACAAACAUUAUAGUGAUGUUUCUCUGAUGACUCUGCCUCCUUCUUUCUGUCCACAACUCGCCGCUAGAAGAGCGCAGCUUGAGCUUGUACUGUAAUGAAAUGCGUAUUUAGAGAACAUUACAAACCCUUAAUUUGCACUUCAGCCGCACUUCCGGCUUCCGGUCGGCUCCCGCCCCGCUCCGCCAUCAUGAAGUCCUGAACAAAAAGCGAAUGAGACAGGAGAAGAAAAACAGGGAUGGAGCUGCGGAUGACAGAGAGAGACGAACUGCACGCGUGACACGGACGGCAUGACAAGAAAUGAUGCAGAUGCGCGCGACAGAGGCGGAAAGUCGGUCUGUGAUGUAAAGAGCUCGUCCGUUGUGCUCGACAGUCAGCUGAUCGAGUCCGUUAACGGUUAACGGCAGCAUUAUCCACUUACACACACAUGAACGGACACAUCCACAUUCGGACCGAUCGCGAUCGUUACGUUAGAAAUCGAUGGAUCGCUGCUUCAGUCGCUCGCUCUUCGUGAAGUGACGGGAAGGACAGGCCGGAUUUUCCUCAGCAGGCCGGAGCUAGCUGACCCGAGCUAGCGGCACUGGAUCCCGGACACCACGGCGCUGGCCAUGCCGUCGAGUGCGCGGGCUGGGAGUCUCAAGGACCCAGAGGUGGCGGAACUUUUUUACAAGGAGGAUCCUGAGAAACUCUUCACAGACCUGCGGGAGAUCGGCCAUGGCAGCUUCGGAGCCGUCUACUUUGCCCAUGACAUCCGCACCAAUGAGGUGGUGGCCAUCAAGAAGAUGUCCUACAGCGGCAAGCAGUCUAAUGAGAAAUGGCAGGAUAUCAUCAAAGAGGUGAAGUUCCUUCAAAAGCUGCGGCACCCCAACACGGUGGAGUACAGAGGCUGCUACCUGCGCGAGCACACGGCAUGGCUGGUGAUGGAGUACUGUUUGGGCUCGGCCUCGGAUCUGCUGGAAGUGCACAAGAAACCAUUACAGGAAGUGGAGAUUGCAGCAAUUACCCAUGGUGCAUUGCAGGGCUUGGUGUACCUCCACUCGCACAACAUGAUCCACAGGGAUGUGAAAGCAGGUAACAUCUUACUGACAGAGCCUGGCCAGGUCAAACUGGGAGACUUUGGUUCCGCCUCCAUCGUCGCUCCUGCCAACUCGUUCGUGGGCACUCCUUACUGGAUGGCUCCGGAGGUCAUCCUCGCCAUGGAUGAAGGCCAGUAUGAUGGGAAGGUUGACGUGUGGUCACUCGGCAUCACCUGUAUAGAGCUCGCGGAGAGAAAGCCUCCCUUGUUUAAUAUGAAUGCUAUGAGUGCCUUAUACCACAUCGCCCAGAACGAGAGCCCCGUCCUGCAGUCCAAUCACUGGUCGGAUUAUUUCCGUAACUUCGUAGACUCUUGUCUGCAGAAGAUCGCCCAGGACAGACCUACCUCUGACGUGCUGCUUAAACAUCACUUCCUGUGCCGUGAGCGUCCGGUGACGGUGGUGAUGGAUCUGAUAGCACGCACUAAAGACGCCGUCAGGGAGUUGGAUAACCUGCAGUACCGAAAGAUGAAGAAGAUCCUCUUCCAGGAAACGCAUAACGGCCCCGCCACCGAGGGGACCGAGGAGGAAGAGGAUGUGGAGCAGUACAUGUUGCGGACGGGCACGGUGAACAGCAUGGAGAGCUCUCAUUCGCUGCCGUCUAUGUCCAUCAGUGCCAGCUCCCAGAGUUCUUCAGUGAACAGCCUCGCAGACGGGUCGGAUGACAGCGGAGAGAUGGCUAUGAUGCAGGAGGGGGAACAUACGGUGACCUCGAACAGCUCCGUCCUGCACAAACCGCUGAACCACGAUAACAUCUACGACGACCCCUACCAGCCGGAGGUGGACUCCCAGCAGCAAGGCCCCUCUGGGGGACGCAGACGCCGAGGACGGGACCACUUCGCCACCAUCCGCACGGCCUCUUUGGUGACCCGUCAGAUCCAGGAGCACGAGCAGGGCUCAGCGCUGAGAGAGCAGAUGUCCAGAUACAAGCGCAUGAGGAGGCAGCACCAGAAACAGCUGAUGGCUCUGGAGAACAAGCUGAAGGCCGAGAUGGACGAACAUCAGCUACGGCUCGACAAAGAACUGGAGACGCAGAGGAACAACUUUGGCAGUGAAGCGGACAAACUCGGCAAGAAGCACCAGGCCAUCCUGGAGAAAGAGACUAAGGGCGCUCUUACAGAAGAGAAGAAGUUUCAGCAGCAUAUCUUGGGCCAACAGAAGAAGGAGUUGACCAGCCUGCUCGAGUCUCAGAAACGCCAGUACAGGCAGAGAAAAGAGCAACUUAAAGAGGAACUCAAUGAGAACCAGUCCACACCGAAGCGGGAGAAGCAGGAGUGGCUCGUCCAGCAGAAGGAGUGUCUCCAGCAGCUGCAGGCUGAAGAAGAGGCCGGUUUACUGCGCCGACAGAGGCAAUACUACGAGCUGCAGUGCCGCCAGUACAAGAGGAAGAUGCUGCUGUCUCGCCACAACCUGGAGCAAGACCUGCUCAGAGAGGACCUGAACAAGAAACAGACUUUGAAGGACCUGGACUGCGCCAUGUUGCUCCGCCACCACGAGUCGACUCAGGAGCUGGAGUUCCGGCAGCUGGCUCUGGUGCAGCGCACGCGGGCCGACCUGAUCCGGACGCAGCACCAGACCGAGCUCACCAACCAGAUGGAGUACAACAAACGGCGCGAGCAAGAGCUGCGGCAAAAACACGCCGUCGAAGUCCGCCAGCAGCCCAAGAGCCUGAGAUCCAAAGAGCUGCAGAUUAAGCGUCAGUUCCAGGACACGUGUAAGAUCCAAACACGUCAGUACAAAGCUCUGAGGAACCACCUGCUGGAGAACACCCCGAAGUCGGACCACAAGGCCGUGCUGAAGCGUCUCAAGGACGAGCAGACCCGUAAGCUGGCCAUUCUGGCCGAGCAGUACGACCACUCCAUCAACGACAUGCUGUCCACACAGGCUCUGCGAUUGGACGAGACGCAGGAAGCCGAGUAUCAGGCGCUGAGGAUGCAGCUGCAGCAGGAGCUGGAGUUACUCAACGCGUACCAGAGCAAAAUCAAGAUGCACACCGACACGCAGCACGACAGGGAGGUGAAGGACCUGGAGCAGAGAGUGUCCAUCCGCAGAGCCCUGCUGGAGCAGCGGAUCGAGGAGGAGAUGCUGUCCCUGCAGAACGAGCGCUCGGAGCGCAUCCGGUCCCUCCUGGAGCGCCAGGCGUCCGAGAUCGAGGCCUUCGACUCCGAGAGCCUCCGGCUGGGCUUCAGCAGCCUGGCUCUGACCGGCAUCCCGUCCGAGGCCCAUCCCAAGCAGGGCUACCCGUCGGGCCCACCCCGUCCGUCCGGCCACUGGAGCCACGGAGGGCCGCCGCAGCCUCACUCCCGCAGGGGCCCCGGCAGGGCGGAAUCCUCGUCCUCCUCGUCCCACGCCCUGGGCCUGGCGCGAGACGGGCCCCUGCACCACUCCUCGCGCUCGUCCUCCUCGUCCUCGUCCUCGUCCUCGUCCUCCCACCACAACCGGCACCACCUGCCGCAGCACUACCACCACCAGAGCACGCCGCAGCUGUACCGGGAGAGAGAGAGGGAUCGAGAGAGGGAGCGGGAGAAAGAGAAGGAGUGGGGCGGAGGGAGCAGGGGGGACCUGGCGCACCCCCCCGUCUUCUCCCACCACCUUCCCUCCCGCUCCUCCUCCCAGUCCCUCGCUCUCCUCCCUCCUCCUCCUCCCGCGCCUCCGUCCAUCUCGCUGUCGUCCUCCUCCGGCCAGUCGGCGUCCUCGCAGGGGGUGUACGGAGGAGGCGGAGGAGGGCUGGUGGUGCGGGGGCCCAGCCUGAUGGCGCUGAGGAACAGCCCGCAGCCCCUGCGCAGAACCGCGUCCGGCGGCGGCCCGGGAGGAGGAGGAGGCGCCGACGGAGUGCUCAGCCGGAGCACCUCGGUCACCUCGCACAUCUCCAACGGAUCCCACCUCUCCUACUCCUAAGGCCGGUCGGGGCUCGCCUUCUUUACGGCCGAAUGCGUCCGAGCCGCCGCGCUACGAGCGAGAGCACAUUUUACUCGUCCCGUCGCUUUGGUUUUUCCUUGCUCGUUGUUGUUUUUUUGGUAAAAAAGAAAGAAAAAAAAAACGGGAAACUGGCUUGGAACAUCACCACUGCCUUUAAGACGUCUUAAAGGAAUGCUGAAUUUGAACGUGCACACACGACAGUAUGAACACAGAAUGUUUAUGUCGGACUUCGAGUACAUUUACGUCUACGGGAGUCGCUCCAAUGCAUGAGAUCAGUGUAGUAAAUACAUUUGUAUUCAUAUGUUAUUCAGUCACGUUUGACAUGACGAGGCCCGUUGACCCAAAGGACGAUAACUCUGACGAUUUACACCGAGAGUCACGGCUCUUCGUUAGAAUCGGGUUCAAAACAGUCAGAAUCCAUCCUGAUUUAACCAGCUCGGGCAGUUAACGCGACAGACGACAAAACCGCAUAAACGGUUAUCGUUAUAAUUAUCGUUCUUCCUGCGAACGGGCCUUAAGGCUACCUUUACAAGAUCACUGGCUGCGUCCGAAAUCGCGUAUAUCCUUACUACACAGUAGGCAGGGUUUAUGAAUGCUGGAAAGUCACAUGACCAUGACAGGCUAACAAAUGUAGUUCGUUCAGUUACAUUCAUAACGACAUACGACACGCUUGUGUUAAAGGUGACCUAUUAUGCCCCUUUUUUACAAGAGGUAAAAUACGUCUCUGAUGUCCCCAGAGUGGCUAAAUUAAGUUUUAGCUCAAAAUACCCUACAGAUGAUUUGUUAUAACUUGUUAAAAUGGCCACUUUUAGGUUAUGAGCCAAAAUGUGCCAUUUUUGUGUUUGUCCCUUUAAAGGUAAUUGAGCUGGUGCUCCCGGAGAAGAGGGCGGAGCUUCGAGAGCUCAUAUCCUUUGCAAACAGUGUUGCCAAGUCUGCGGUUUUCCCACAGAAUUAAACACUGUUGCCGCGGGUUGAACAAAUUUACCAGGGGAACCACAAAAAAAAAAAACAUUUUCUAUCCUCGGAACCGGGGAGCUCCCUCAAAAUGCAGAUGGGCUAGUUUUGUUGUGAACACCUGGCAACCCUGUUUGCAAAUAAACAUUCCACUAUCAGUACAAGCCUGUUAUCCUGUUAAAAGUCAGUCAUCUGAUUGUGCUGUGCAUAUUAAAUGCGUUUACGAAUUGCACAGAUGAAAAUAACUCACGUGCUGUUACAAACUUUAUAAGCCCCACUUGUGAUUAUGAGCUCGACAAAUUCAAGAGGUCGACUUCACAUUGCUUUUAUGUGUGACUUUUUUUUUUUUUUUUUUUUAAACUACCACAUUCCUAUCCGCGAUCAUUCUGGCAGCAUCGGUGAAAACAGGCAGAGACAAUGGUUGCUUUAGCAACACUAGUCUCACAGAGUGGUAAGAAGCGCUUUGAGAAAGGCAAAUUGGGAAACAAACACGUGAUACUUGGAGCUGAUGUUCAAAGUGUUGGUGUUGAUCCCUAAACAUGUGGGACACUUUAGCGUUUUUUUCCCCGAGAUUUCCUCCAAUAACAAAUUGUAACCACAGUGUGUUCAGCGGCUCAGAUGCAUCGGAAAACACGUGUAAUGCCUGUUUGACAUUGAGUGUGUCCAGUAAUGGCGGACCGCUGCUUCACUCAGGGCUGUGUUUAUGUUAAUAUUGCAGAGAUCCUCACAGAUGGGUGUGGAUUUUCCCUACGAUGACGCCAAAGUAGGGAGAAUCUGAAAUUGCUUGUUCUGAGAGACUUUAUGAUUUGAGAUCAUACAAAACAUGAGUGGGUGUGUUUUUACCAUUAUAGGCUGGUCGUUUUCACACUGUUCAAGCCCCUUAUGAAAGUGAUUUUUGCAUAACAGGUCUCGUUUAACAGUCACUUAUUCAUGAGAAGUGUCUGCUCAGAGAACACGUGAUUUCGGACGCAGCCAUAGACUUUCAGAGUCAAUCUCCCACUAAUUGGAUCUUUUAUCGUGUGUGUGUAUAUAAUAUAUAUAAAUAUAAAUAUAUAGUAUCUAAAGUGUUGAAGCAUUGUGUCCACAGUUUUCUAUAGUAAUUAUGACUAUCGACAUUUUGAUAAACUAUCAUGUGAACAGAAUAGACCUAACAUUUAAUUGUAGAAAUCGGAUCUGGAGCGAACGAAGUGUGUUCGGUGUCAUCGCGACGACAAAUUUCUCCAAGCAUCUGGUUGUUAAAGAUGUGAACAUUUCUAAAAGCAAGAAUCAGUGGGGUCUGCUGUGUGUUAUGGUUAUUAAUACAUGAGUAUUAAUACUGGUUAACGGUGGGUUUGUGUGUGCGUGCGUUGUCUGAAUGCGAUUCGCUCUGGUAACAUCGACACUUUUGUACACAAACACCAAAAAAUAGGAUUUAAAGGCUUAUUCGCUCGGAUACGCGUCCUUUAACUCGAACCGUAGACGACAAAACAGACUUGAUUCAAUUACAACGGGUUACAAUCACUACUCUCUGUGUAUUUUUUUGAGUGAUGAGAGGAAGGGUCCAGGACAGGCAGGUGCAGUCAGUCAUCAGAUGAUGGAUUACAGCGAACACUUAAGGAACUCUGAAGGAAAAUGCGGCGGCUGCUUUAGCUGCAUCUGUGUCUCGAUCGAAGCUGAUGUGAGAGUGUGUUUUUCUAUACAGGAUGUAUAUGUGUGUGUAUCUGUGCUGGAGCUUCUCUGAUCCUGGGACGUGUGGGAGGAUCCACAGUGUGUUUGACGAUGAAGAGCAUUUGAGUCUUCAGCAGAUACUCAGCCGUGUUUUCACACACACAAGUUCAGAGAUGUCCAAGAAGAACACGAGAGGAACUCGAUGGACUCUGAAAUCAAGCGAGAAACACCAGCUCUGAUCUCUCUCUCUCUCUGUCUGUAUAAUCUACUACUUUAUGCUUGGUUUAAAGUAAAACAGUGCAUGCAGAACUUCUAAUGUCCCGAGGAUGUCGGGUUCAGUGUUCGGAGGGCCGGUGAGAUUGUACCAUUGAAUGGACUGACUUGUUUGUGACACAUGCCGUGAUCUUCAUGAUUUUAGGACACGUUGAAUGUUAGAGCUGAUGUGGCAGAGGUUAAACUGGUCUGGAUCCAUGUGCGGUGGUAAAGGAGGCUCUCCUGGUUCGUCUGGUUGAGAUGGACGGGUGUUCUGUCUGUCUCUGUCUGUGUAUGUGUGUGUUGACUGUGGAACAGGUUGUCGGGUCAAAGUGGAGGUUUUGCCCAGAGGACAUUUUCAGUACAUCUCGAAACACAUUAAUGACUGGAAUCAAAGCGUUUGUGGUUCGAAGGGAGAAAACACGUGCAAGAAAAAUUAACGCGAAGCAGUUUAAAUGACAAUAAAUUGAUAUUAACGUGGA